AAAGUUAUACAUGAAUGUGAUCACCAUAUUCAAUGUACCUUAUUAGAAGUGACCGAGUGAUGUGGAUUUGGGAACAAACAAAUCUCAAAAUUCCUUAUCAAAAAACUUUCAAAUUCUCACUGAAUAUUGAGCCAUACAUAAAUCAAGAAUUUCACAUGUUCAAAGAAUAUUCAUCAUCACUUCCAUAACAAGAACAAAUCUUUACUUGGGAUGAAUAGCCACCCCAAAUUACCACUUCAUAAAAUCAAAGGGUCGACCAAUCAGCAAGAAUCAAACUCAAAUAGAUUAUUAUUAAUUACUGCUAAAUCCAAGAAUCUUGUCCCUGAAUUCCCUCUUAUUAUAUACACCACCUUGUUUACAGAUCCAAAAUUAAUUAAACACCCCCCAACCUUAAAAGUUGCUACUACAUUAUAUAUUAACUUAGCCAUCUCAUCAAGUGGGCAGGCAUAUGUAAUUCUUUCUCCAAAUUGUCAAAAAAAAUAUGAUCACGAAAAAACUCGAACUCAGAGCUUUUGUUUCGUUCAAUCUCGUAAUUUUAUCGGUGAUUGGCCAAAACUUGCUUAACUGUGACACAACAUCUCAACCAGAGUACAUUUGUGAUCCAAAAAAGCCUCAGCAAAACUGCAAUACAUUUGCUAUUCUUCGUGCUAAUUCCCACUACUCUUCUCUCUCAAAUCUGAGCUCUUAUUUAGGCAUUGCCCGUUCCGACCUUCUAGAAGCUAAUGGCUUUUCGAAGGACACCGAAUUCUUUUCCAACGAACAGCCAAUUUUGAUCCCAAUUGACUGCGAGUGCAACAGCAAUAGUGGCUUUUUCGAAGCACAAGUGACAAAGAGCACAACUAAAGGUGAGAGCUUUUACGAGAUUGUCGAUUCUUUAGAGGGGUUGACAACUUGCAACGCGAUUAAGGAGAAAAACCCGAGUGUUUCCCCGUGGAAUCUUGUAGAAAAAAUCAAUCUUUUAAUCCCAUUCAAAUGUGCUUGCCCUUCUUCACUUGAUUUGAGCAACUUCUUGCUGUCUUACCCUGUGAAGCAAGGCGACACACUAGCCGAACUUGCCUCCAAGUUCAAUGUCAGCCAAGAAACCUUAGUUUCUGCUAACAACAGACACUCAACAUCAGUUUUCAGACAAGAUAACAACAACAGCCUUGUCCCAUUCUCAACUCUUCUGAUUCCAUCUAAAGACAAGCCCUUUUUCGGUUUCUUGGCACAACCCUCAUCAAAUAUUCGAGUUAGAGAUUCCCACAAGAGGAGAAAGCACAAAAUGUGGAUGAUUGGAGUUUACAUAGCUAUCGCCAUAAUCGCACUUCUUGCAUGCAUAGCCAUUGGUGCAGCCUUUGCCUUCAUUCAAAUGAAGAGAAAAAAAGACGAUCCAGCAAAAAACGGUGAUUUAGAGCUGCAGCAACUCAGUCUAAGUGUCCGAACAACGAGCGAUAAGAAAGUCUCCUUCGAGGGGUCUCAAUACAAUUUUGAAGAUCAAACUAGGGAGGCCACCACCCCCCACAAAACACGAGCCGAAAGCUACACAUUCGAAGAACUGCAAAAGGCAACGGAAGAUUUCAACUCCAACAAUCUAAUCGAGGGAUCCGUUUAUCACGGCCGGCUCAACGGGAAAAACUUGGCCAUAAAACGGGUCCCACUUGAUACAAUCGCUAAAAUCGACCAACAGAUUUGCUACGAGAGAAUUCACCACCACCCAAACACAAUAAGAAUGUUGGGUACCUGUCUGAUAGAGGACUGUCCUGAUUCUUACAUAGUGUUCGAGUACGCGAGAAAUGGUUCUUUAAAGGACUGGAUACACGGUGGAUUAGCAAUCAAGAGCCAUUUCAUCGCCUCGUGCAGCUGUUUCUUGACAUGGAAUCAAAGGGUCAAAAUAUGUCUAGAUGUGGCAACUGCAUUGCAGUACAUGCACCAUAUAAUGAAUCCUAGUUACGUCCAUUCGAACAUAAAGAGCCGGAACAUAUUCCUCGACGAAGAUUUCAGUGCGAAAGUCGGCAACUUCGGUAUGUCCAAAUGUAUCGAAAAUCAAGAAUCUUCAAACAAAGGGUACUUAGCACCAGAGUGCAUCACUAAUGAAGGUGCAAUGUCUGCAAGUAGCGAUGUGUUUGCGUUUGGAGUGAUAUUACUCGAGGUUUUAUCCGGAAAACCACCCGUGAAAUGGGAUGAGGAGAAGGGGGAUUCGGUGAAGCUGUGUGAUGAGGUAAAGGGCAUUUUGGUAAAAGAAGAUGUGGAGGAAUUGAGGGGGUGGAUAGAUGGUGCAUUGGGGGAGAAUUAUUCGUUUGACGGGGCGGUGAUGCUGGCGAAUCUGGCGAGAUCAUGCGUGGAGGAGGAGCCGUGUUCGAGGCCGAGUGCGGGAGAAAUAGUGGAGAAGAUGCUGAGAUUGGUGGAGGAGUUGCCGGAAGGUGGUGGUGGUGGUGAUGAUGGUCAUCAGUUGAGUAAUGUGUGUGAGAGUUCUUGCAGACCACUUGUUCAUAAUAAUAAUAAUAAUAAUAUUAAUAAUGCAGAUGCAAAAGGGAUGUGAAACUUUUUCUUUUUCUUUUUCUUUAUUAAAUGUUGCUUUUAUAUCACACAAUGUUAGAAAUGGUGCUCAGUUUUUUGUUGUGUGGAUUUUGGUAUUGUAUUGACUUCGUAUAGAUGUUAUGAAAUGGAGUUCAAAAGACAAGAUUCAAAUAAAUGU